AAUUUUAAUGCACAACUUUAAACAAAAGGCGUUUCUAUAUGAAUCGUAUUGGACAUUAAAGAAAUUUAAAAAAGUUAAUACUUAUUUUUGAAUUUAUGCUAAAGGUUUAUUGAGAUCAAUAUGUUUUUACGCGUGUCUCAACCAAUCAGUCUCAUUUUUGAACUUUUGUUGUUUUCAAUUUUAUUAGUUCCAUCAAUCGUUCAGGCCGGUAUUCAAAAACUUUUGCGACCUAAGAGAAAAGAAGUUAAAGGACAAGUUGUUUUAAUAACGGGUGCAGCAAGGGGCAUUGGACGUCAAUUAGCUUUAAAUUUCCAUAAAUUAGGUGCGAAAAUUGCGUGUGUCGAUAUCAAUGAACGGGGAAACAAUGAAACUGCACAAAUAAUAAAGGAAAAUGGUGGAAUUGCGAGAAGCUAUACCACCGACGUGUCUAGUAAAGAUCAAAUCAAAAUAUUACACGAGUCUGUAAGAGAAGACUUGGGUCCUGUGGACAUAGUUAUCAAUAAUGCUGGUAUUGUUGAUGGUUAUUUAUACAUAAAUCCAGAAAAAGAUGAAUUAAUACAAAAACAGUUUGAAGUAAACCUUUUAAGUCAUUUCUGGAUGAACAGAGAAAUAUUACCAUCAAUGUUAACAAGAAAUAAAGGGCAUAUCGUAGCAAUAUCUUCGAUGGCAUCACUUGUUGAAGAACCUGGAGUUUCAUCAUACUCAGCGACAAAAUGUGGUAUAAACGUAAGCAUGGGGUGUUUAAACAAUGAACUGAAAAUGAUUAAUUCGUCUGUAUUAACCACAACAGUACUUCCUUAUUUUGUACAGACUAAUGAAGAUAUUACAAAACAAUUAAUUCUAAGAAUACCAGAAAUACCCAUAACAAUAGCUUGUGAAUCGAUUGUAAAUGGAAUCCUGGAAAACCGUAGAAUAUUUUCUGUACCCGAAUACUUAUAUUUCAUCAUGAGUCUAGUUGGAUUAUUACCAGAUAAUUUACAAUCAAUGAUUAUGAAUAUAUUCUACACAAAAUUAAUACCAAAAAAAAAAGAUAUGGAAAUUAUACAGAAAUAUUACCAAAUUAAAAAAUAAUACAUGAUAAUAUAAUUAAAUAUGUUUUUUUUUUUAUCACUAAUAUUCAA